AUGCGGGUCGUCACAGCAUCGUGGACGCUGGUCGUCCUUUCUGCUCUGUUGGCGCACGUCAAUGCGAGCCCGACAUUCGGUGCUCUCGACAACGCGGGUGGCUUGAUUGCGGCCAAGAAGGAGUUCAUGUCGUCGCUGCUGGGCGGCGCUGGUGGUCUGCACGGUGGGGUGCUUGGUGGUCUCAGUGGUAGCAUCGGCGACGGCGCAGGUGCUGCUGGACUGGGCGUUCUCGUUCCCGGUCUGGGCGGUGUGACGGGUGUGAGCGGCGCCAAUGGAGCAGGUCUUCUUGUUGCUGCGCAGCCCGGUCUCGCUCUUCCUGGGACGAGCAUCAGCGGUGGUGGCCCCGACGGGCUGGACGACGACGCCUCGAGUGGCAGCGCUGCUGCUAUGACCUCUCACGAUACUAGUGGCGCCGUCGCUGCUGUCCAAGAGUCUAGCGGUGGUGCGUCUGGUGGUGUCGGCGCUGCCUCUACGACUGGCAACACGCGCGGCACGACUGACGUCACGAGCAGCACUUCUAGCGACACGAGUGGCAGCGGUGCUACCACGUCUUCGGGUGCUGACACUCGACACCGCGCCGUCACCAGCGGUCAAACUUCCUCCGACACCGACACCAGCAGACACUCAUCCUCUUCGACUUCCAGCAAUGAGCCAUGCGACAAGAACAACACCUCUGCUUCCUUCACCUCUUCUUCCACCCUCUCAUCCUCGGCUGCUCGGCGAAGCCAUCGCAAGCGGUCCACUUACGGCGCCGGUCCGAGCCAGCUGCCACGUAUCCCAGGACUCACUCCCGCCCAAGAAUCUGUCGCACUCGAAGCGCUGAGCAUGCAAAAGGUUGCUCCCUCUUCGAACGAGCACGCCGCUUCGAAGCACCUAGGCAAGCGAUCGCCGUUGAUGAAGGGCAUGCCGAGCAUGGGUGGGCUGUUGAGCAAUGGUGGGUCGGAUGGGGGGCAAGGCGGGAUGACGAGUCCCAUUGGGGGGAUGAUGAAGAUGAUGCAGGGCGGGAUGGGGUCGACUUCCAGCCCCGACUCGUCUGGCGGAUCGAUGCUUGGCAAUCUUCUCGGUUCCUCCGACUCCUCAAACAGCGAGUGUCCUUCCCUGCAACUCAUCUGGGCACGGGGAACCACCGAGAUCCAAAACACUCUCGGCAUUGUCGGUCGACCCCUCUGCUCCGCCCUAAAGAGUCAAAUCCCCGCCACGCAGUGUUACGACACGCAAUACUCCUCGGAUGCGGAAUACAUGAUCUCCCCUGGCCAGGGCUCACGUGCUGCGGAAACCUUCAUGCGCUCCCUCUCCUCCCGCUGUCCAUCAACGAAAUUCGCCCUUGGCGGCUACAGCAAGGGCGCCUUUGUGGUGCAUGGCAUUCGUGGCGUCUCCAACGUGAUUGGAGCCGUGACGUUUGGCGAUAUGGAAAAGUCCCAGGCCGUACCAACGACGAACAGGUUCAAGACGUUUUGUGCCAUGGGCGACCCGGUUUGCCUCAGCGGGAUGAAUGGGUUGGCUCACUUGACGUACCCGAUGACGAGCGUCAAGCCUGCGGCCGAGUUCUUGGUCGAGGCGUACAAGUCGUCGGGUGGUGGCGGAGGUGGUGCUGCAGCGGACGGCGCUGCGGGUACCGAUGCUGGAGCAAGCGGCGCCGGUGACGGUGCUGCAGGCGGCCUCGGUGGUCUCAAAGGUCUCAUGGGUUCUCUCGGCGGCGCUGGUGGCAGCAGUGGUGCAAGCAACCUCCCCAGCCUCGGUGCUCUUGGCGGUGGUGGCGGCAUCCCUGGACUCGGCGCACUUGGCGGAGGCGGCGCACCUGGUCUCGGCGGACUCGGUCCUCUCCCGGGUGGCGGCCUUCCCAGCCUUGGUCUCAAAAAGCGCUCUCCCUCCAAACCCACCAUCGACACUCCAUCGCCCAUUCGUCGACACCGUCGUCAUCAUCACAAGCACGAGCACCGCCUCUAG